AUGAAUAUAUUUUGCGAUGAGCCUUAUUUUAUUGAUAAUAGCAAAGAAUUUUUUUGCCCAGAGAAAUGUCCAUUCAUUAGUUUUAAUGAUGUAUGGAAAUGUAUUGGUAUUUGUACAGUAAGAGAAAAAUGCUCAUUAUAUAAUCCCUUAUUAAAUUUUGCUGAUGAAGAAUCAAAUAAAUGCUUGCCUUGCUUAGUAUCCGGUUGUAUUCGAUGUAUUAGAAGUAAUAUUAAAGAAAAUUCUAAAUUUCUAUUGAAUAUAACAAAUAAUUUACCAAAUAUAUGCCUAGAAUGUAUGAGUGGGUAUAAACUAUCAAAUGAUAAAACUAAAUGUAAUUUAGUUUAUGAAGAAAUAAUUACAAAAUGUUGUAGCUUUUUCCUUCUUUUUUUUAUGUUAUUAGUUUUAUUUUUUAUUAUAUAUUUCUAUAAAAAUCCUCAUAAAAUAAACUUCUUUUUAUUUAAAUUGGCAUUUCAGCAUAGAACCUUAUCAAAAUUUAGAAACAACAAAAAAUAUGGUAACCCUUUAUAUCCAUUAAAUUUAAAAUUAUCGAAAAUAGAUAUUGCUGGUGUUGGAUUAAUGUUGUAUUUUCGAUUUAUAACAUUUUUAAGUUUUUUGUCUGUUAUGUUUAUUAUAGUAUGCUUAUUUGAAGUGCAUUUACCAUUUAAUAAACUUAUACAAACUUAUAGGAACAUUGAAUCUACUACUUCAUUUGAAAAUUGUUCUUACUUAAAAAAAUAUAUUUCUCUUAAAAUAUCUCGCUUAAUUGAUAUCAAAGGUUUAGAUUGGAUGACUUUAGAUAUAUUUAAUAUUAUUACCCGUUUUAAAGAAAAUACCAUUAUCAUUUCUUUUAUAAGAUAUAUGAUAUGCAUGAUUGCUACAUUUGCAUUCUUGUAUAAUCAAAAAAAAUUCAGCAACUAUAAAUUAAACAUUUCCCAACAAAUGAUGAAUUUUGCACUUUUUAUAUCUAAUUUUCCGAGUCAUAUUUCAGAAGAAGAUAUUAAAAGUUUCUUUGAAAAAUUGUUAAAAAAAAAAAUAAUAGGAGUAUCAUUAUGUUAUGAUUUUUAUAAACAAAAAGGAAUUAUUUUUAAAUUAAUAGAAGAACAAAUAGAAUGGGCAGAUAUUAAAGUCAAAUUAGAUAAAAAUUAUGAAGAAUGGAUAGAAGAAAAUGAAAAAGAAUAUUCUUAUGAUGAUAAUAUUCGUAAUCAAGUUAAUAAUUAUUUUCUGAGAAAUAAUAACAAAAAAAAAAAUUCUAAUAGACGAAAGUCUUAUGAUAAACAAGCUUAUAGUAAUUGCCCAAUAAGGGAAUUGAAGAAUUUUAAUCAUAAAGAAAAUAAUAAAGAAGUAAGUAUUGAAAAUAAUCAACUGCCUUAUUCAAAUAGAGUAGAUAUAUAUGAAAAUAAUAAUAAAAAAAAGAGUUAUAAAAAAUAUAUUGAAGGAAAUAACAAAGGCAACAGAAAAAAUUCUAAUGGUAAAGAUAAUAAUUUAAAUAUUACUAAAAGUGACAUAUACCUUAAUAAUAAAAAUAAAAAAAAUAAUAAUAAUAUUAUAAAUAAUAUAGUGAAUAAAAAUAAAAAGAAUUUUUUUACAAUAGAAAUUCCCCCAUUUAUAAUAACAAAAAAAAAUAUUUCGAAUUUGGAUAAAUUUUCACAUAAAUAUAGUAAUGUAAGUAUUGAAGAUGAUUUCUUUAAAAUGAUAUCUAGUAAAAUAGUUGAUUCUUAUCCAACAGAGAACAAAUCAGCAUAUAUUAAUAAUAAUGAUAAUAAUCAGAAGAAGGAAACUACCCCAUUUUUUGAUCAUAUGCUAACAAAAAAAUUAAAAGAAAAUAAAAAAACAUCAAUAUUUUGUUAUUUAAAGAAAAAUAAUGAAGAAAAGAGUUUAUUAAAAAAUAAAAAAAUAGAAAAGACAAAUUUAAAGAAGAAAUAUGAGCCAUUUUACAUGCCUAAUGUGGAAAGCCUUUUUUUUAAAAAGGAUUUAUCAAAAGAUAUGAAAAUUGUUUGCAACUUAAAAAGUUGUGGAAAAGCUUUUGUUGUAUUUAAUAAUAUUAAAGAUUUAAAUCUAGCAUAUGACUUAAUAAAUAGAUAUAAAAUCAAAAAGAUGCAUAAAAAAUAUAUAUGGAAAGAUUUAUUCUUAUUUUCCUUCUUCAAAAAAAUAUUUUCAAAAAAAAAAGAAAAGAUAAGAGAAACAUUUUCUUAUGAGUUGUUACCAUAUUUUUAUAGUAGUAAAAAAGAACUUAACAGUAUUUGUUCUAUAAAUAAUGAAAAAAAUAAAAAAAGUAAAAUAGAAAAAGAAGAAGAAAAUAAAGAUAAAAAAGUUCAAAAUGUGUUAUCUGAGUUUUUUAAAAAAUUCAAUAUAAAAGUAACAAAUUUUCAAGUUAGAAAAUGUGAUGUAGAACCAGUAGAUAUAAAAUGGCAAAAUAUUGGUAAUUAUAAAUCUAUAAUAAUAUUAAUAAAAAUAAUUAUUUUAAUAAUAUUUCUUUUUUUUAUAAUUAUAAUGUGGAGUGUUAUAUUUUACGGACCCUAUGCUAUAUUUGCCUUGCACCAAGCAAGUAUUAUAGAAAAGCCUAAAAAACAUGAAGUUUUAUUUAAUGUAAUGAUUUCAGUUGUUUUAGGUAUAUUUAUUGGGUUUGGUAAUUUGUUAGUUACUUUUUUAACUACAUUAAUUGGUGAAUUUAUGAAAUUUCAAAAAAAACAUUCAACUGAAGCAUUCGUAUUUUGUAUUAACAGUAUUUUUCAACAAUUUAAUUUUUUACUUAAUGUUCUCAUUACUCAUCUAACGAACGCAGGAGGAGAUAACAAAAUAAGAUCCUUUUAUUCGAGUCAAUUUUUUAAUCAUUUUAAAUUAAAAAAUAUUAUUUUAGGAGAAGAAUAUUCUUUUUGCCAAUCUUUAAAUUAUAAUAUUCUUCCAUUUAUUUCCUUUUUUCCUACUUUUUUUUCUAUAUUUGGUGUGUAUAUUUUUCCAUUUAUUUAUAAAUCAUUAAGAAUAUUAUUUUAUUCCAAGACAACAAUUAAAAAGGCCGAGCAAUUAAUUCAAUGUCCUGAAUGUAAUUUGCAUUAUAGAUAUAGUGAAAUAGUUAUUAGUUUUACUACUACUUUAUUAUUAUUUUUUUUCACACAUAAUAAGUAUAGUACUUCUUUUACGUUUCUACUUCUUUUCUUAUCUUAUGUAUUUAUCAAAUAUAGAGAUACUUAUUUAUUUCUUCGAGAAACAAAAGUAACCUAUUAUUAUAGCACUUUUUUAUUUGAUACAGUUAUGACGUUUUGGUCUAUCCCUACUGGAAUAUUAGCAAUAUUACCAUUUUAUUGGAUAUGGAGGUCGUAUAAUAUAAAUAUUUUAAUUAUUCCCUUGAUAUUUUUUUUUCAUAUUUUAAUAUAUUUUUUAUUUUAUCAUGUUAUAAAUAUUACUUUAAAUAAAAAGAAAAGGGAAAAUAAUAUAACUUACAAGAAUCUAGCAGAAAUUAAAGCUUAUAAUUGGUUUAAUACAAAUCCUGUUUAUGUUCUUAAACAAUAUGCCAAAAAAAAAAAUGAAAAAUACUUUGAUCAAGAUGAUACAAAAGAAAAAAAAUUGAUGAAGAUUAAAUUAGAAAGUAGUAUAUUUAAAGACAAACAUAAAGAAAAACCAAAAAAGAAAAAAUAUUUUUUUCUAGAUUCAUUUAAAAGCAUUUUUUUUAAUGAAAACAUACAAAAUCAUUCUGAACAAGUUAAUACUUAUAAAAAAGAAAACAUUGAUAUAAAAAAUAAAAUAUUAGAUAAAAAUCUUAUAAAAAAUGAAAAAAACCAUAGGACAAUAAAAUAUAUUUUUGAAAAGAGUAAUAUAAUUAGAAAUAGUAAUGAUACUAAUAAUAACUAUAUUAAAAACUCAGAGCAGGAAGAUAAUAUGAGAAAGUGUUAUUGCUAUUAUUAUGAAAAUGUUCUUGAAAAUAAUGAAUAUACUGUAAAUAAUGAAGAAACUGAUGAAUAUGAAGAUAAAGAUGAUGAAGAAGUAGAUGAAUAUAAAAAACGUAUUUAUAAUAAUUAUCAAAAAGAAAAUAAUAGAAAAAAGAAAGAAUAUGUAUUAUAUGAUUUUAACUUAGAAAUACCAAAAAAAAAUAAAAAUACUUUAAAUUCAGGUUUUUCACCAUUAAAAGAUAUAAAAAAAUUGUCUCAUAAAAUACACACAGUACCAAUAACUUCAAGGAAAAAAAAAAAAAAACUGGAACACAAUUUCAGAACAUCAAAAACAGAACAAAGAAAGCAUAAUAAAAAUAUAAGAGAUCAAGAAGUUUCGUCAAAUAUUAAAAAAAGAGAUGAAGAUUUAAUUUAUUAUGAGACUGGAAAAGAAUAUUUACAAGGCGCCCAGUUUUGCCAUUAUACGAAUGAUUAUAAUGAAUUAUAUGAAUUUCUUUACAGAAUUUAUGAUUCUUUAUCUUCAAAUGCUCAUAAAAUUAAAAUAUUUCGUAACUUGAAAAAAAAAAAAUGA